AUGAUGUCUACAAACAACAGUUCUAACACUGAUGAUACUUCAUCUGAGAGUUCAGAAAUUUCCCUACCACGUAUAGUUCGUUUCUGGUUUUUCCUUUUAAGUGAUAUUCCAUCGAUUAUUUGUACUUUCUGUAUCAUUAUUCAUAUUAUUAUGAAUCGAACUCGACGACAUGCAUUACAAAAUCAUACAAUUCUCGUUAUCCUUCUUACAAAUCUCCCUGUUCAACUACCAGAUAUCAUAUUAUAUCUUAUAUUUUAUCAAUAUAAUUCGUUUGUAACAUCAAAGCCAAUUGUUUGUAUUAUAUGGUGGUGGAUUGAUAUUACUUUUUAUAAUGGAGGUGUUAUUCUUUUAGCUUGGUUGGCUCUUGAACGACAUAUUUUAAUAUUUCAUCAUCAAUGGGUGGGAAAUCGAAAAGGACGUUUUCUUUUUCAUUAUUUUCCUUUAAUUUCUCUUGUUACAUAUGUUCUUCUCUUUUAUAUAAUUGCUGUUUUCUUCAUACCUUGUGAAAACAGUUAUGAUUAUACAGCACCAGCAUGUGGAAUAUCACCAUGUUAUCAAUCAUAUGGUGUUUUUGGUUUUUGGGAUUUAUUUGCUAAUAAUUGGGCACCUAUUAUAUUGGAAGGAAUCAUUAGUAUUGCUCUUAUUUUACGUGUUCAAUGGCAAAAACGACGCCUUCAUCAAUCUGAUCAAUGGCGUAAACAAAGACGAAUGAUUAUUCAAUUAUGUUUAGUAACUGGUAUUAAUAUGUGUAUUAACUUACCAAUUUAUCUUAUUACUUUUGCUCAUAUGUGUGGUUUACCAUCAGACUAUGGUGCUCAAGCUCGUCUUUAUUUCUACUUUUUUGCAUAUUAUAUUACUUUACUCUUUCCAUUUACAGCUUUAAGUCAAUAUCCAGAAUUACGCAAAACGAUCGAGAAGAAAAUCUUCUGUAUGUCAACGACACGACCACAUCAUUUAUCUACUGUCGCAACGACAAAAAGAGUGAUACCAAUAGUUUGA